AAGAGGUGGUGUAUAAAUCUCACUGUUGUGUGCUCUUAGAUGUUCAUUGGAUCUUCCUUGAGAGAGUUUUCAUUUGAUUGACGAUCAUAGCAUAGCUUUGUGUUUGCGUGACAAUGGCAGGAAAAAUGGUGCUCGUUCUUGUGGCGGUCAUUGUCUUGGGAUCAAUGAUCACGGCCAAUGCAAGCUACUUCGAUACUUGGGCAGGGCCCGGGUGUAACAAUCAGCGGGUGCGCUACAGUGCUUGUGGAUGCACCAAUGUUGGAGCCUCGCAGCACGGCGGCUACAGCUUUGGGUACCAGGGCCAGACUGCUGCGGCCUACAACACGGCAAACUGCCAAGGUGUGGCGCAGACACGGUUUAGUGCCUCUGUACAGGACUGCUCGGGCUUUGGAUGGAACAGCUUCUUCAUCCAGUGCUAAAGAGCUCCAUGGUUCAAAUAAAAUUGCCAAAUAAAAGAGAAAAAUCUUCCUCUGUAGUAAUGUUAGUAGCUCAUUAGUUUGGACGUUUGUGGCUCAUUGAGCGCCCAUAAGAUUAUUAUUUGUAUUAUUCUA